GACUUUUCAUCUUCUGAUUCUCACUCAGUUUUUUUUUCGGAAAUCAUAAAAUUUCCUAAAAAUUUCUGCUCCUUCUUCUUCAUUUAGAAUUUAAAUUCCGGAAGCUGAACCAUGACGUCAAAAAAGGCCGUUCAAUCAGGACCUUCUCACGUCGCCGGAAAUACCAACCAUCGGGUCAGCGCUGCCACCACCACCACCGCCACGAUAACCUCAAAAAAGAUAAGCACCGACGUCAUUUCGCCUGCUGAGGAGGAAGAGUUCGAGUUGUAUUUGAGCAGUGACCUCGAGGAGGAAGAGGUCGACGUCGAGGAGAAGAAAAUGAGAAUGCCUGCCACACUGAGGAAAUUUAGACAUUGGGUUCAAAUAAAGAGAAAAUCUUUCAUCCCAAACACGAUUUCGGACGAGUCGGCUCGGAUUGGUCGCUACUUUAGGAUCCUUGAUAACACAUUGGACGACAUUAUCUACGUUCUUGACGAUAAGAGAGGUCAAGGAUUUUCCACCGAGAAGGGGGCGCAAGGGAGUAAACAAGGAGAAGAAGUGCCAGAAAUAAUGCUGGACUUCCUUUUGGACGUGGAAAGGUAUGGCCACACCAACUCCACCACUGCCCGUCGUCAAUCCGCCUGCAGUGUCAGUGGCAGAAAUAAUAGUUGACCAAGAGGAGGAGGAAGGAUCUACACUUCCAGUUACGCCAAUGCGUGUCCCUGCGCCAAGGUCGACCCUAGCCAAAAAAUCCAGCCGGUCUCGGAGACGAAUUCUUAAAUCAAACCAGUCCACCAGCUCUAGUAGAAAGAUGACUUCUUCUAAACCAAAACGCCACCACCACCCCUGUGCCACUUGCCACUUGCGGAAAAGCGUUCUCCCGCAAAUCAGCCCUGACCCGACACGGGUUCAUUCAUUUCAGCCGAGAAGAUAAGACCGUGGCGAGGCAGGCUUGGCGACACGAGUGCUUCUUUUGCCAGAAGAGGUUUUCCCACCAGUCCAUCUAUCAUCGUCACCUGGUCUCCCACACGAAGGAGAAGGCAUUUCGCUGCGACCAGUGCGGCAAACUGUUCGCUUAUCGUUACGGCUUAACACUGCACCAGCGC